UCACAACCGGUUCAGUAUGAUACUAUAGUGUGCCUAGGUAUCGCGUUCGCUCACUUGGUAUUCAGAAGUGAUGUUCUAGCGUUCUGGGUGCACGUGUUAUACAGAUUGUUUAGUCAGUACGGUCUAGACCGAGAAAUUUCACUCCUCAACUAGAAAGUGUAUCUUUAUCUUCGAUAAGAGUCGAUUCAUCGCCUCUAUUGAAGAAUUAGUGGAAAAAAAUACUUGGAUUAACUAGGAUAGGAAGUGACCCUAAAUUAGUGGAAAAUGAAGGUGGUUGUUGUUGGUAGUGGCGGCCGAGAGCACGCAAUCUGCUGGAAAUUAUGCCAAAGCCCAAAAGUUCAGAAAGUCUACGCACUCCCGGGUAGCGAUGCAAUCAAACAGCUACAAAAAUUAGAGGUUGUGCCCGGUGUUAAUGUCAAUAAUAUACAGGAAAUCUCAGAAUGGUGUAAAAAGUGUAAUCCAGACAUGGUUGUCGUAGGACCCGAGGAUCCCUUAGCAAAUGGUCUGGCAGACCGGCUCAACUCAAUUGGAAUCAAAUGUUUCGGACCCUCUAGCCAAGGCGCACGGAUUGAAUCUGAUAAAAAUUGGUCUAAGGAAUUCAUGAUUCGUCAUGGAAUUCCAACCGCUCGAUUCAGAAGCUUCACUGAUUCAUCUGAAGCUAAGAAAUUUCUGAAGAGUGCCGACUUCAAUGCUUUAGUAGUGAAAGCAAGCGGUUUAGCAGCUGGCAAAGGAGUAAUCGUUGCCAAUACAAUUGCCGAAGCCUCCUCAGCCAUUGACGAAAUGUUAGAUGCUAAGAAAUUUGGACGCGCUGGUGAGCAAAUCGUGGUUGAAGAAAAACUUUCGGGAGAGGAAGUUUCCGUGCUUGCCUUUGUCGACUCACAUACAGUUCGAGUGAUGCUUCCCUCACAAGACCACAAACGGUUGCGAGACAACGAUGAAGGACCUAACACUGGUGGCAUGGGCGCCUAUUGUCCUUGCCCGCUAAUUUCUGAACAAGAUUUGAAAAUGGUUGAGACUGAAGUACUCCAACGAGCUGUAGAUGGAUUGCGACAGGAGGGAAUCAAGUAUUCUGGAGUAUUAUAUGCCGGGAUGAUGUUGACUGAGGAAGGCCCAAAGGUAUUGGAAUUCAACUGCAGGUUUGGUGAUCCAGAAACACAAGUUGUGCUACCACUUUUAAAAACGGAUUUGUUCGAUGUCAUGUUCGCCUGCUGUAAUGAUAAACUGAAUGAAAUACAACUGGAUUGGGAGAAGAGCCUUUAUGCAGUGGGAGUGGUUAUGGCGAGCGCGAAGUACCCAGAAAGUUCAACGAAAGGUUGUUUGAUUACAGGUAAAUUGUCUGCUCUUUAUCCCAGCUUUGAGUCUGUGUUUUCACUUUUCUAUUUUCCAGGCAUACCUAAAAAUUCUGACAACCUCAUAGUGUUCCACAGCGGUACCAAGAUAGAUCCCUCCGGCCAAUAUGUAACAAACGGUGGACGAGUUCUCAUAACAGUUCAACUGGCCCAAGACCUGAAAAAGGCUGCUGCAGAAGCGACUGCCAUUUGCGAGAAAAUCUCAUUCGCUGAUUUCCCGGCACAAUUCAGAAGAGACAUAGCCAAGAAGGCCUUCAAAAUGAUAUCUCUUUCAUAUAAAGACAGUGGGGUUGAUAUUGAUGCAGGUGAUGAUCUCGUGCAGAGAAUUAAGCCUCUCGCAAGGGGUACCCAUCGUAAAGGGGUUGUUGGUGGUAUUGGUGGUUUUGGCGGACUUUUAAGUUUGAAAGAGCUAGCCUACACCAAUCCUGUCCUAUGCGAAGUCACGAGAGGUGUAAAUACUAAAGUGAAGAUGGCCAUUGAAUGCAACUGCUAUGAAAAUAUUGGCUAUGACCUGGUGGCAAUGUGUGUUAAUGAUGUUCUGGAGUCUGGUGCGGAGCCAGUUGCUUUUCUGGAUUAUAUAGCCUGCGGGAAACUGCAGGUACCAGUUGCAGCACAAAUUAUCAAAGGAAUAUCUGAAGCUUGCCGGGAGUCAAAUUGUGCCCUGUUAGGUGGAGAAACUGCUGAAAUGCCAACAAUUUAUAAAGUCGGAGAAUAUGAUCUUGCUGGAUACUGCUUGGGCGUUCUAGAAUAUGGAUCGGAACUACCACGAUUCAAUGACUACCAUAAAGGCGAUGUCAUAAUUGCUCUCCCGGCAAAUGGUCUUCAUUGCGCUGGGCUAGAAAUAGUAUACGAAAUACUACAAAAGCUUAAUAUAAGCAUGGAUUCCAAAAUCAAUAUGUUGGGAAACCGCACACUAGCGCAAGAAAUUCUCAAGCCGUCUACCAUCUACAUGCGAUCAAUCUUUCCUCUUAUUCAAAAAGGAAUGAUCAAAUCAAUUUCUCAUGUGAGCUCAGGGCUUAAGCCAGCCAUUGAAAAACUCCUUCCAGAAGAUUAUGAAGCGACAAUCGAUGCCAAAGACAUGCCAAUCCAGAAGCUUCAAGCCUGGAUCGCUACAAGAGGAGGACUCACACAAGAGGCGCUGGUCACAAACUUCAACUGCGGAAUAGGACUCUUAUUUGUUACUUCCAAAGAGGAUGCAAAGAUAAUCAACAUCCCUGGAGCUAAAAUUAUAUCCGAAAUCCGACACAAAAGUGGAGCAGAUAAACUAGUGAUAACUGGAUUGGACACUCAGAUUAGCAAACUAGCGAAAGAGUUUAGUAUACCUUCCGGUCAAGGUAAAGCAGGUUCAACUUCAGGCACGGGUCAUCCCUGCUUUCAGUCUCUGCAUAGUCACAUCGAUAGAAAAAUCGAUGAAACAAAGCGACAGGAAGUGUAUCUAACGCAAACUGCGAAGCUUCUAACACGCAUUCCAGCAACAUACCAAGAUCCGAUACUGGUUAUUGGAACAGACGGGGUAGGGACUAAAAUCAAAAUCGCUCAAGGAUACAAUAUACAUUCAACUGUGGGCAUCGAUUUGGUUGCAAUGUGUGUCAAUGAUAUUCUCUGUAACGGGGCCGAACCACUAACCUACUUGGGCUAUUGCGUAUGCGGUCAAUUAUCUACAACAGCUUCCGACAUUGUAUCAGGCAUAGCUAAUGGAUGCCAGCAAGCAAGAAGUACCCUCAUUGAGAUGCAAUGCAAAGAACUUCCACUAGUUUACGGUCCGAAAUCAUAUGACCUGGCAGGAUUCGCAUUAGGCAUUGCAGAAAGGGAGCAUAUAUUACCAAAAACAAGCAGCAUACAACCCAAUGAUAUAGUAAUAGCACUUCCAUCAAGCGGUGUUCACAGUAAUGGAUUCAGUCUGGUACACAAAAUCAUGGAUGUUGCAGGCGUUACACUGGAAACGAAAACUUCAUUUGGAAAAUCAUUCGGUGAGGAGCUUCUAACACCUACCCGGAUCUAUGUUGAUGCGAUAGAACCUCUCCUGAAACUUGGAUGCAUCAAAGCCCUCGCCCACAUCACAGGCGGAGGAUUGCUCGAAAAUAUUCCUCGCGUUCUAACGAAAAACCUUUCAGUGGAGCUUGAUGCACGUCAAUUUAAUAUUCCUCCGAUAUUUGCCUGGCUCUCAAACGCGGGUAACGUAACCGCCAAUGAGAUGCUACGCACAUAUAAUUGCGGAGUUGGACUCGUUUUAAUAAUUUCCCCCGAACUCAAGGACCAAGUAAUGGAGCAUUUGGAAAUUCAGCACAAAGCAUCUGUAAUUGGCAUUGUUAGAGAUAGGCAAAAGGAUACCGCUCCCCAAGUGACUGUUAAUUAUUUCGAACAAUGUCUGAAAUUGGUUAAAACGUCAAUUGCAGCCCCCAAAAAACGUAUUGGCGUCCUGAUAUCCGGCUCAGGUACUAAUUUACAGGCAAUCAUCGAUGCUGCAAAGGACUCAACAUGGUACAUGGGGGGCGAGGUUGCGCUUGUGAUUUCAAACAAGUCCGAUGCAUUCGGACUGACACGAGCAACAAAUGCUAAUAUACCUAAUUGCGUUAUCUCGCAUCGGGAGUUUCCCUCCCGUGAAGACUUCGAUGAUGCCAUGACACAAGCGUUGGAAUCUCAUGGUGUUGAUAUUGUAUGUUUGGCGGGAUUCAUGAGGAUUCUCUCAGCGAAAUUCGUGAGGCAUUGGAAAGGGCGGCUCAUGAAUAUUCAUCCUUCACUGCUGCCGAAAUAUCCCGGAUUAGGAGUGCAGCAGAAAGCAUUGGAUGCAGGCGAUAGGGAAUCAGGAUGCACAAUUCAUUUCGUAGAUGAGGGUGUUGAUACCGGGGCUGUGAUAAAGCAAACCAGGGUACCCAUACUGCCGACGGACGAUUGCAAUGCACUCACAGAGCGAAUUCAUAAAGCGGAACAUUUUUGUUACCCAAUAGCCCUUAAGUAUGUAUGCACGGGAAUGGUGCAGUUGAGUGACGAUGGGAAAGCUAUUUGGAUUAGUUAGAUUAAGGAAGGACCUUCACUGAAGUAAUCAAAGGAUAUUUUAGUUUUAGCCAAACACAUACACUGAAACUGUUGAAUAAAAGUUACUUUUUAUAUUAAAA